UAUAAAAAAGAAAGAAACACAAUUAAAGGCUAUUUCUUGGCUGGGACAUCGAUGACAUGGUUGCCGAUCGGGGCGUCAUUGUUUUCAAGUAACAUAGGGAGCGAGCAUUUCAUUGGUCUAGCAGGUAGCGGUGCGGCAUCAGGCAUUGGUGUUGUAGCGUUCGAAUGGGGAGCUGCUAUCUGUUUGAUUUUGCUUGGCUGGGUGUUCCUUCCGGUGUACCUAAGUUCCGGGCUUUACACAGUUCCGGAGUAUCUCUACAAACGCUUUGGAGGAAGUCGACUACGGCUGUACAUGAGCUGUUUGGCUACGAUCCUGAAUAUAGUCUCGAAAAUUUCAGUAGACAUCUACGCAGGUGCUCUGUUUGUAAAACUGGCAUUGGGAUGGAAUACCUACCUGUCUAUAAUAUUCCUUCUUGGAAUAACAGCAGUGUUUACCAUAGUAGGUGGAUUGGCAGCAGUCAUCUUUACUGAUACCCUUCAAACAUUCAUAAUGCUGACAGGAUCUCUAGCAUUAUCCAUCAUAGCUUUUGUGAAAGUUGGUGGUCUCGGUGGAUUAAUGUACAAGUACUUCGAAGCAAUUCCGGACAGCUACAGAUUACUUAAUGGAAGCAGUGACCUAGUAUUUGGUAACAGCUCUUACGCUCGUUGCGGACUUCCACGUGCUGAUGCAUUUCACUUAAUCCGUGACCCCGUGAACUCUGACCUACCCUGGCCAGGAGUCCUGUUAAGAUCGACGUUGGUGUCAGUUCUUUACUGGUGCGGGGACCAGAUAAUCGUACAGCGAGUGCUUGCUGCCAAAAAUAUUUCUCACGCUAGAGGCGGCACUGUCCUCGCUGGGUUCCUGAAGUUUUUACCAUUGUUCUUGAUUAUCUUCCCAGGGAUGAUAAGCAGAGUUCUAUAUCCGGAAUCAUUAGUCUGUCAGAACGCAGAGAUGUGUGUGAAGGUCUGCAACAACCCUGCUGGAUGUUCAAAUUUAGCCUACCCGCUAUUGAUUCUUAAUCUGGCUCCUACUGGCAUGCGUGGCGUGAUGAUGUCGGUGAUGAUUUCUGCUCUCAUGAGUUCCUUGACUUCAGUUUUUAACAGUUCAGCAGUAAUUUUUACGUUAGACAUAUGGAAGAAAAUCAGACCAAAAGCUACUGAAAGAGAACUACUAAUCACAGGAAAAAUAUUCGUUGUCAUAUUAGUUGCUAUAAGUAUUGCUUGGAUACCGGUGAUGGAGACGGCCCAACAAGGACAGUUAUUUAUGUACAUACAGGCUAUAAACGGAUACCUUGUGCCACCGUUUUGUGCCGUAUUUCUACUGGCUGUAUUUGUACCUAGAAUUAAUGAACAGGGCGCGUUUUGGGGAUUAAUGCUUGGCCUUGUUAUCGGUGCAGUAAAGAUAAUCCUUGAUUGUGUGUAUACGUCACCAAGAUGUGGAGAGGUCGACACCAGACCAAGUAUCAUCGCUAACGUUCACCACACAUAUUUUGCGGCUUUGUUGUUGUUUGAAACAGCAAUAGUUACGACAAUCAUCAGUUUGUGCACGGAACGGCCCCGAAAAGAACAGAUUAAAGGAUUAACCAUUUGGACAGCCAAAUUACUUCAUUUGAAAAAAGAAACGACACAAUCAUCACACGAUAUGGUUUUCAUUACUAAUGAGUUACCACAAGGCAAGUCAAUAUAUCAUUCAUUAUUAGUCAUUUUACUUUGAAUGUAUUUCACAUUUAUUUGAUGUAAAAUAUUUUAAGUGCGAAUCGUGAGCGAUAUAGCACUAUUUUGCAAUUAUUCUAAAUACACCAUAUGCAUCUGUUAAACCUUUUAAUUUUCCAUUUAGUGCAUUCCAAAGGUCUUUGUACCAUGACGAAAAUGUUUCCGCGACGUUUAACGUUAUUUCUAAUGUCGUCACGCUUGAAUAAUAAUUAUGGUGUAAUAUCAACUUUAAGACUAUAUCGUCCUUAUAACUGCCACAGCGUGAAAGAAAAUGCCACCACAUUAAUAGAAAAAACAAUCAAUACCAAUAAUCAAUUCAAAUACAAAGAAACAUGUCGUAUGAGUAAGAUAUUCGAGAUAGGUAAGCAUAUAACGAUAUAGUCUGAACAUGAACUGUUGACAAUCUAAAGUAUGAAAGUUGUACCAAUACAUUCAUUCUAUUGCAGAUCCUCCAUUGAUGGUUUGUACAGAAUGCAAUAUAUAAUAUAUUAUCUUUGUUUCUUACUUUGAUGGGGGCCGCGGUGGCCGAGUGGUUAAGGUGUCCCGACACUUUAACGCUAGCCUUCCA